UCAUCGCAGGGAGUUUUCCGGCGGAGUUUACAUGGAAGUACAUCAUCUUCGGAAAUUCCCACAUUAUAGCAGAUCGCCGGCGACUUGCUGCAGUCGCUGCUGCAGCUCUGAGCCGCUCCUGCAGCCACGGCCACCGGGACUGCAUGAGAAAGACAUGCUCGCAUUCGUUCUGGUGUCUGGGUCGCUCUGGAUUAUAUUAGAGCUGAGUUCAACUCUGAUGGAGAAGAUGCAGGCCCAGGAGAUAAUGAGCAGCCUGAGGAUACCAGAGAUGGACGAGCUCAGCCAGUUCUUCCGAUCCCUUCCAACGUCCACGCUCGUGGGCAUCGGUGCUUUGACUGCCGUGUUGGCGUACUGGUUUGCCACCAGACCUCGUCCCAUCAAGCCUCCCUGCAGCCUGAGGCACCAGUCUGAGGAAGUGCCGCAUGAAGAUGGCGGGCGACGCUCCAUGAUGGGCGACCCCUCCAAACUCCUGGCCCAUUACCACGACGACGCCAGGACGAUGUACGAGGUGUUCCAGAGAGGCCUCCACAUAUCUGGUGAUGGACCCUGCUUAGGCUCGCGACUGCCCAACCAGCCUUACAAAUGGAUGUCCUACAAAGAGGUGACGGCCCGGGCGGAGCAUCUGGGUUCGGGCCUCCUGCACCAGGGCUGCCUGGCCAACCCCAACCAGUUCAUAGGAGUGUUUGCUCAGAACAGGCCGGAGUGGAUCAUCUCAGAGCUGGCGUGCUACACCUACUCCAUGGUGGUGGUUCCACUUUAUGACACAUUAGGCGCGGACGCGAUACGGUUCAUCAUCAACACCGCUGACAUCUCUACGGUCAUCUGCGAUAAAGUGGACAAAGCUCAGGUGCUUCUGGACAACGUGGAGCGGAAGGAGACCCCCGGCCUGCGAAGAAUCAUCCUGAUGGACGCCUUUGAGUCCGCCCUCCUGGAGCUGGGGAGGAGCUGCGGCGUCCACGUGCAGAGCAUACAGGAAGUCGAGGCUCUGGGCAGAGAUCACUACAGGAAGCCCAUACCACCAGCACCAGAUGACCUGUCCAUUGUGUGCUUCACCAGUGGAACCACAGGAAACCCUAAAGGAGUCAUGCUCACCCAUGGAAACGUGGUGGCAGAUUUCUCCGGCUUCCUCAAAGUGACAGAUAAAGUCAUCUUCCCGAACCAAGACGAUUGCCUCAUUUCCUUCCUCCCACUGGCCCACAUGUUCGAGAGGCUAAUUGAGUCUGUUGUUUACUGCCACGGAGGACGGAUCGGGUUCUACCAGGGCGACAUCCGUCUCCUGCCGGACGACAUGAAGGCCCUGCGACCCACCAUCUUCCCCGUGGUGCCUCGACUGCUCAACCGCAUGUACGACAAGAUUUUCAGCCAGGCAAACACCCCGUUGAAACGGUGGUUACUCAACUUUGCUGCCAAGAGAAAAGGUGCCGAAGUUAGCAGUGGAAUCAUUCGCUGCGACAGUAUCUGGGACAAAAUCUUCUUCAGUAAGAUUCAGGCCAGCUUGGGAGGAAGACUGAGGAUGAUCAUAACAGGAGCAGCUCCUACCUCACCCACUGUCCUGGGCUUUCUCAGAGCUGCCCUGGGAUGUCAGGUGUACGAGGCGUACGGCCAGACAGAGUGCACGGCAGGCUGCACCUUCACCACACCUGGAGACUGGACGUCAGGUCACGUCGGGGCUCCGCUACCAUGCAACCUCAUCAGGCUGGUAGACGUUCCUGAGAAGAACUAUUUUGCCUCUAAGGGAGAAGGGGAGGUUUGUGUGAAGGGACCAAAUGUGUUCAAAGGCUACCUCAAAGACCCGGAGAGAACAGCGGAAACUCUGGACGUAGACGGCUGGCUCCACACGGGAGACAUCGGCAAAUGGUUGCCUAAUGGCACACUGAAGAUUAUUGACAGGAAAAAGCACAUAUUCAAGUUGGCACAGGGGGAAUACAUCUCCCCCGAGAAGAUUGAGAACAUCUACAUUAGGAGUCAACCUGUGGCACAGCUCUAUGUACAUGGAGAUAGUCUGCAAUCCUGUUUGGUAGGAAUUGUGGUCCCUGACCACGAAGUUAUGCCUGAAUGGGCGAAAAAGAAGGGCAUCUUGGGGACUUUCAAGGACCUAUGUAAAAACACGGCAUUAAAGAAGGCAAUCCUUGAAGAUUUGGUCCGUCUGGGCAAAGUCAGUGGCCUCCACUCGUUUGAGCAGGUGAAGAACAUCUACAUCCACAAUGAGCUGUUUUCCAUCGAAAACGGCCUCCUGACUCCGACGCUGAAGGCCAAGAGACCAGAACUGAAGGAGUUCUUCAAGACAAAGAUUGACGACCUCUACAGCAGCAUCUCCAUGUGAAGGCUGGCUGAUCUCAUUUUUCCUCAAGCAUCCUUGACACAAAGAUUUGCUUUGACCAGUGAGCUGCAGUGGGACAAAGAUGUGCCUCAUGAGGCUGAUCAUUCUUUGGGAAAGUAAACCAAAACUAACCCAACUGUGAACAAUUUAAAAUGACUAUUAAAAAAUAAUCAAUUAAAGGAACAAAUAAAGUGACAAACAAUGUACAUUGUCAUACCAAUUUCCAUCUUAUUUAUGCAUUUACUGUCAUAAAUAGAUGAAAUUAUAUGUUAAAAGGACACUUAUUUAGGUAUUUUAAUGAAUUAGUUUUUUCUUUGUGACAUGACUUCAGAAACCAAAAGCAAAGUGGCGGGUGGAGUUUAAUUGUUGUCCGGCAGAGGGCAACAGAAAGCUGCAUGUUUUGUGACGAGCGCUUUCUCUUGCCAUGAGGUGCCACUAAUCUUUGCGUUUUGACACGUCAUCAAUGCCAAAAUGAGCAACAAUGAACUUCCCAAUCAACAAUAACGAAGUCACUUAAAUAGGUUGUCCUUUUAACAGAUUUUUUUAUCAGCUUAACUGACACAGUAAACGUAUACACAAAGGAAAUAUUUUAUAUUGACAUGUGCAUAACAUUUUUGUUUGUUUUUAUUUAGGCAUGUUAAAUUUUGCCCUACAGUCCCACCUUCUAUUCAUCCAAACAAAUCACAGCUUAAGUACCAGAAGCAGAAAAAAAAUGUCACACUAGAUCAAUGACCAGUCCAUCUUUUUUUUUUAACCCCCCCCAUCACCCUCUACUCUCCUGCAUCAGUUUAAACCGUCCAGCCAAUAAACAAGUGUACACUAGUAACUGAGUCGUAUAUCAGGAAGAGUGAUGUCCUUGUGUAUAGAGUAGCUCCAGGAGAUAUCUAAGUGUGCACCUUUUUGUAGGACAGUAAUGGACAUCAUCCCUGGUGUUAAAACAGCAGAUUUGCAUUCAACCAAAAGCAAGUUCAAAGCAGUGCCCGUGGGCAAAACUACCUAAAGUUAAGGUAAAGGUUAGGUACGGCCCUGACAGUAUGCACUGAGACAAAAGAAAUGUACAUCCUGCCGUUGGAGAUCAGAAUAGUAGCUUCUGCCUUUCAAAUCAUUUUUCUAUCUGCACUGUUUAAUGAGGAGAAUCACGGUGUCAGAGCUACAUAAAAAAAAAAUAAUAAUAAAAACCAAAAAAAAAAAAAAUUCACCCAUUCAUGACAUUAACACAUCCAUUGCAGUAAGUCAUUGCUACAUGGCUGUAGUCAAACAUUCAGCAUGCAUGUAGUUUGUUCAUGUAAAAGACUGACCUAAAGUAACAGUCACUUGACAGCUGGUGUAGUCACAGCUUUCCUUUCCCCCAUCUCUGCACAAAGAGAUGUCAGGUUAAAAACAAAGAACUAAUGCAAAACCAGGGCUCAGGGCAAUGCAUGCAGUUUGUCCUGCAAUGCUGGGACCACUGGCAUUUAAACUUGGUGGUUAAAAAAAAACAACAAAAAAAACAGUCUUUGUGGUUAUUAAAAGGAGGUGGUAUGCAGCUACUCACAGCCACAGCUGCAAGUUCGGGACUGUGUAACUUAGGCCAAGGCGAUAACGAAAUCCACGCUAGAACAAACUUUAAACAAAAGAAACUUUUCUUUUUUGAUGUUGUUGAAGGGGUUUACACGUAGAAGUAAUGUACACGCUUUUAAAGUUGAUUUCAGUCCAAAAGCAUAAACAGUGCAGAUGUACAUAAAUGAGGACAACUAGAUGUAUACAUAUUUACAAAAUGACCCAUUUAAUGGUUCUCUCCUCUCUUUUUUUUUUGUUUCUUUUUUGCGUGUAGUAUGAUGAAUUGUAGUUAUUUAUUUAUCUAUCUUUUUGGCUGUAAAAUGGAAUCAGCACCAUAUCCUUGUAAUGACUGAGUGCAGCAAAAAGGGACGAGGGAGGGUGAGGAAUGGGACACGGGGAUGUGAAAUAAAAGAAAAAACUAUUCUGGAAUGAUUUUAAA